UUAGGCUCCGCUGUGUUUAACGCGGACAGGAGGGGUUUCUGUUUUCGGAAAUGCACUUUGCUCCGCAGUCCGUCCCAAUACAAGCCCCUCCGCUUUCGCAGGUUAUUUUCCGCAAACGUAGGUUCUCACUAACAUCUCCCCCGUGCGGAAACGAGCGCCGUGCUGCUGCAGACACUGAAGUUUGCUUGCAGUCUGUGGGAGACUGCUCGGGUCGGAGGAGUGAUCGAAUGAACAGUCUGUGGGUCGGCAAAGAUUUGGAAACGCCUCGCUGACUGACAACAUGGAUCACCAGCUGGAAGUUGUCUCAGAAGACAAACCUGAACAGAGAUCUCAGGCGCAGGAAGAUGAUGAGACCAACCCGCAGCAGCAGGCCAAGUUGGAUAAUCAAAGUGUCACCGGUGAGGAAAAGCAAGUUCAAAAUGCAGAAAACAGAUCUGAACAGAGAUCUCAGGUGCAGGACGAGGAUGAGAACAACCUGCAGCAGAAGGCCAAGUUGGAUAAUCAAAGUGUCACUGGUGAGGAAAAGCAAGGAUACCGACCUGAACAGAGAUCCGAAGCACCGGAAGAUAAUGAGCCAAACCUGCAGGAGCACGCCAAGUUGGAUAAUCAAAGUGAUGCUGAUGAGGAAGAUCAAGAUGAAACACGUGAGGGGAUGUCAUUAUCAGAUGUGCAAUCUCCAAGGCGCAGACAGGAUGGACAAUUCCAUCAGGAUGAAAAGAAAAAUCAAGUUGAAAAUGGACACCGACCUGAACACAGAUCGGAAGCACUGGAAGAUAAUGAGCCAAACCUGCAGCAGCAGGCCAAGUUGGAUAAUCAAAGUGAUGCUGAUGAGGAAAAUCAAGUUGCCUCAGAACACAGACCUGAACAGAGAUCUCAGGUGCAGGACGAUGAUGAGAACAUCCUGCAACAGAAGGCCAAGUUGGAUAAUCAAAGUGUCACUGGUGAAAAAUGUGAGCAGAAGUUAUUAUCAGAUUUGCAAUCUCCAACACGUAGACAGGAUGGACAGUUACGUGACGAAGAAGAGGAAAAUCAAAUUGAAAUUGGACACAGACCCGAACAGAAAUCUGAAGCACUGGAAAAUAAUGAGCGAAACCUGCAGCAGCAGGCCAAGUUGGAUAAUCAAAGUGAUGCUGAUGAGAAAAAUCAAGGGCAACCGUCUGUUUUCUUGGUAGCAGUUUUGUUGGUUCCAAUCGCCUGUGUCAUGUUGAAUUUUCUGAAUCAGCAAGAAUCUGAAGUUGUGGAAAAUAAACUCAACAUAUUCUUGCACAAUUUUGGCAAAGUGCAGAAGAGUUUUCCAAAUCAGGAUGAACAGUUGUGGAAAAAAAGCAAGAUAAUGUUGCAGAAACACAUUAACAUGACCAUCCAUUCUGAGCCAUCCAUUUUAAUGUUUGCAGCUGCUUGGAAUGCAAAUGAAACCAUGCAUUGCCUCACAGGCAGAAUCGCUGGAGCUUACGCUUCAGCUUUCAAUUCCAGGUUUCUGGAAAUUGAAGGAUCGAGUAAAAAGUUUUUAAACAGUGAUGAAGUGAAGCUAGAUCUAGAUAAUCAACUAAUGUCUUGGUUUGGUUCGGGUGGAAAAUCAGCUGUUAUUCAUCACUUCCAAGAUCUGCCACCCCCAUCUACUCUUCUUUUCUACAAAUAUUGUGAUCAUGAAAAUGCAGCCUUCAAGGAUGUAUCCCUCUUAAUCACAAUUUUAGUGGAUGAGGAAAAAUUAGACCCAAAUUUAAACUUUGGUCUUCUGGAAGAAAGAGUCUAUGAUUUUCUUGUGACAAAAUUUUCUAUCUCCAGUCAGACCGGGCAAUAUAAUAUCCUGGAUAUUGACAAAUUCAGUGGAUUGUGGAGUCGCAUUGCACAUGUCAUAUUGCCUGUCCAACCUGAAAAACAUAUUGAAGAGAAUGGCUGUAAACAUACGUGAACAUUCUGAGGAGGCAUCACAAAAUUUGCACUGAAUUUUAUCAAAGAAACAAAUUACAUGCACAGAGAACUCAUAAGUCUUGAAAAGGAAAUUUAUUUUGUUAAUUAAUUACCUAGAAUUUGAUUUUGUGAAUUUUGCUCAAGGAGAUCUCAUCUGAAUUUUUAAAGAUUUUUGAUUCAUAUGCUGACUGGCUUUCUGUAUGUUCCGCAUUUUCUGUUUUUAUUUCAGGUUUCCAGCAUCUAGUGUUACAGCUUUCUUCAAUUAUCACAAAUAAAUUUAUCUCCUGAUAGCUAGAAAAUGAUAUUGCAACUGAAUAAAUGAUGAUGGUUUAAACUUUGCUAUGUAAACUUAAGUAUAUUUUAAAAACUAAUUUGCUAUUGUAUAAUUUAAAUCUGUAACUGAAUAAAGAAGCUGACUGUCAAAU